AAGACGUACCAUCAUCAAUAUUUAUUUAUUUUAUUAAUAAUUUUAAAGAUACAUAUUUUAAGGUGUCUAUAGUUUCUAAUAGUAUAUCGCCUUCUCCCGCUCAAAUCAUUAAUACUGACCGCUGUUCACUAUAUGUGACACCAGACAACGUGAACACGUGAUCAGGGUUAUUAUUUAAUUGGGAGUCAGUGUAAAUUGUGUCUAUUACCAAUUAACAGGAUAUAAGUAGCAACUUGAACUGAAACACUCAUUUUACAACAUAAAGUAUCCUGAAUAAACCUACACAUGUUUAUUCAAGAUGCUUUUUUUAUUUUGUAAGAUUUGUAUUAUCACAAUGAUUUGGAUAAUUAAGAAGCAUUAUGAAAUUAAGCAAGUGUUUAGUGCUCAAUUCACUUCUUUCAGCAGUAGGCGUCAUGACGGAAUUAGUUCAACUUUUUGCAAUUUAUGGAGCUGUUGAAGAAUACCGUGUAUUAGAUGAUUAUCCUGUAGAACAGUUCACAGAAGUGUACCUCAUUAAAUUCCAGAAGCUCCAGAGUGCAAGAAUUGCCAAACGGAAACUGGAUGAAAGGAGCUUCUUUGGUGGAUUGCUUCAUGUGUGGUAUGCUCCAGAAUUUGAAACCGUGCAGGACACUGGAGAAAAAUUACAAGACAGAAGAAAGUUCAUAGCAAGAAGAAGCAGCAGCGAACCUGGUUUUGUUUGGAGGCCCCCCAUUGAAAUACUGACUAAGGCCAUUCUUGCGUAGCUCCUGAGAACUGACAAGGUGAAACAGUGACAGAUGCUAACCUUUUACCAAUAUCUGAUGACUGGGAACCAUUGCUAGUCUUGCAGUGUACACUACAGAUCCUGUAGUGUUAUGAAAAACUGGUCCAUAAAAAGAAAUAUACACAGUAACAUUUGAAAAAAAAGGCACAUCCAGUUAUGUUGGCUAUGUUGGGAAAGAAUGACUUGAUCUGUGGAGAGCCUACUGUACAGGACCCAUUAUUCAUGGACUUUAAUACCAGUUCAAUGGGACAUGCAGCUAAUACUGUUAAACAUUGUGUAACAGAAAGGUCCCUUCCCAGUGGGCCCAAGGAAGCAUCUUUCACGGUCACUGACACUUCUGUUGUCAGAUUUCUCCCAAGGACUGCACAUUUGCAGGACAGGAAAAGAAGAAAGGAACAAUAGCUAUAGAUUUACUGAUUGGAAUUGACAAAAACAAGCAGAAAUAUUUAUAGGUCCAAAAUUACCAGAAGAACCCAAGGUGGAUAUGGGGGAUGAGUCGCUAAACAUGUCAGCGGAUUUCAUUAGAAACCGAUUAACGAAGGUAAGCUGUGCAUUUGUCUUGCUUAAAACUUCCUACUGUUAUCAUCCUUUUUUUUAUUGCUAGUUACUUUUAUAUUUCAGCUGAAACCGUGGAUCUGUUAACUACGGUAUAUAUAA